UUGUGUUAUUAAUGUUUUUAUGACCUGAUUUGAGUUUUCACUUAAAUUUUGGUUAUGUGACAUUAACCAGGAAUGCAGAAAAGUAUUUAAGCAUUUAAAAUAGGUCAAUACUAAAUUAUUUAGUACAAUUAAUGUAUUAAAAUCAUUUCAAACUAGUUUUCAUUAAACCCUGUUGUAUUUUCUCGAUUAAAAAAGCAUGGGCUAUACUAUAUAUAUAUAUAUUAACCACUAAAUUGACAAAAUAUGUAAAAAGAAAUUAAUAUUUGUUAACUUAUACUAAAAUAUUAUUUAUGAUUUGUAUUGCAGAAUGCCAGGGACCGGGCCUAAGUCUUUUCAAUGCGUUGCUUGUGGCAAACGUACACGGCCAAAAGAAAGAAGAUUUGUGAACACUGAUGUCUACAAAGGCUUUAUUCAGCAUUUAACCAUAGAAGUUGCAGCAAAUGAUGUAACAUGUCAAACAUGUUUUGUGAAAUACAAAAGGUCAGCAAAAACUGUAAAACCUAAGUUGUGUGAAAAUGUGACCGAUAGUGAAGAUACACCAAAAGAUCCGAACUAUGUUCCACCGCCUAAAAAACCUAGAAAUGAUAACCAAUUUAAAAGUCCUCAAAAUAUUCCAUUACCCAUUUUGUCAUCUGGUAACAGUCAUUCCACCUGCUGUAUAUGCAAAAAGAGAGGUUCAAAAUUGAUGACAGUUUCCAUCGACUGCAGAACUAGACUAUUUGUAGAAAAGGGUCAUCUGCUUCUAGCUGGAUCUAGAUGUUGCUGUAAACACCUUGAUUCAGAUAAAUAUUUCAAUGAAGAGGCACUUUGCUCUGUGACCGACAACUCGACGAAUUCUCAGGAAGGCAGCACAUAUUUCAAUAAAACUGAUAUUUCGUCACUAAUUGCAAACAUAAGAGCUAUUGCAGUGCGAAAUGAACGAUACCGAAUUGACUUUGAUAAUAACCAUUCUUUAACUGAUGCUGAUUAUCAGAAUCUCACAGGCAUUACAAAAGCUGACUUCAAUGACUUGUGCUUACUUUUAUCGAGUAGCACAUCCAUUAGAUGUACAAAAAACCGAACAAGUAGAACAUGUAUUGCGUUAUUGCUCGUUAAAUUGAGAACAGGUAUGUCAAACCGACUACUGUCCACUUUAUUUAAUAUAGGAAAAUCUAGUGUGCGCAGGGCGAUUAUGAGUGCAAGACAAUUUCUUUCUGUUAAUUUCACACCAAGAAAUGUGGGAUUCCAGCAUGUAACACGAGAUGACGUAAUUGAACACCAUACAAGACCACUAGCGCAAGAAUUGUUUGGCACCAUGAUCAACAAACCCGCUAUAUUAGUUGUGGACGGCACAUACAUAUACAUUGAAAAGAGUAACAAUUUUCAAUUUCAACGAAGAUCUUACAGCAUACAUAAAAAUAGACCACUCGUCAAACCCAUGGUAAUCGUAACAACAACUGGGUACAUCGUUUCUAUUCUGGGACCAUAUCACGCCGAUUCAAAAAACAACGAUGCUUCCAUACUGAAACACAAUAUCAAGACCAACAUGGAGAACAUGAAGGAUUGGCUGCAGACAGAUGACCUCCUAGUUGUGGACAGAGGAUUUAGGGAUUCCCUGGAGUUUCUGAGUGAACUCGGAAUAAAGUACCAGAUGCCAACAUUCCUUCAGAAAGGUCAAAAACAACACACAACAGAAGAGGCCAAUGCUUCUCGACUCGUUACAAAAAUACGAUGGAUAGUCGAGUCAGUAAAUGGAAGGUUGAAGCAGUGGCGAUAUCUUCAGAAUGUCAUGCCGAACACACAGAUACCAGCCAUCGGCGACUACGUGCGGCUUGUUGCAGCCCUGUGCAACCGCUACCGAACACCACUCAACACUGGCACAACUGAAGGUGACCAACUGGUAGCAGCUAAGAUGAAGGUUCUGGCGUCCAAGGGGAAUGCUCUUCAGCAGCGUGUCCAGGAGGAGAAUCUCGACACCUGAAAUCACUCCUGGAAAUCUAUAGAUGUUGCCGAUGCUGUUGACCAGUUUCCCUCCAUGUCAGAAGAAGACAUCAGAAACCUGACUAUAGGAGUGUACCAAGUGAAGCUUGCUCGUUCUUACACAUCAGAGCACUUAAGCGAGGACGGCGACUACACAAUCAUGGUUAAUGAUGAGGUUAAUGGUAUGCUACGUGCCCGUAUUCAAAGUCGACACACCAGUGCGAAGAAAUAUCUUCUUUGGAUUGAGUACAGUCCCGCUGUUGUUUUAGGCCGGUUUUGUCAAUGCAAGACUGGAGCUCGAGUUGUCGGCACAUGCGCACACGUAUCAGCUGUUGUUUGGUAUCUGGGAUAUGCACGACAUGUGGGAAGUGUUAGAGGCGUAAAAGACUGGUCUGCAUUUCUGGAAGACGCUGCUAAGGUUCCAGAACUUGUAGACGGAUCUGAUAGCGACAAUAGUGACCCGGAGGAGUGAUAAGGUGUACGGUUUAUUUUGGUGGAUAUUAUGACAUUGAUAUUUUAUCAUUUCUCAUCGGACGUAAUGUUGAUUAGAUGUUUUUUGUAUCAGCUAUGUGGUCACACAUGUUAGUGGACAUUUUGGUAAAUAUCUAUAUUUUCUCAAAUGAAAUCACUUAAUUCCUGUAAUAUCAGGAUUCAUUAACCAUUGGAAAAUUAUGUUCACCUUAAUCAUGCUACUUUGAUUAUAUCUUGAUUAACAUGAUAUUUUGAUGAUAUUCUAUGACAACAUUUUUUUUUAUAUUCUGAUAACAUGCUAUUUUGUUAUUUUCUUGACAUGAUCCUUAAAUACUCUAAUGCCAUAAUGUUUUGUUGAUAACAUGAUCCUUUAAUAUUCUGAUGCCAUGCUAUUUUGUUGAUAACAUGGUCCUUUAAUAUUCUGAUGCCAUGCUGUUUUGUUGAUAACAUGAUCCUUUAAUAUUCUGAUGCCAUAAUGUUUUGUUGAACAUGGUCCUUUAAUACUCUGAUGCCAUGCUGUUUUGUUGAUAACAUGAUCCUUUAAUAUUCUGAUGCCAUGCUGUUUUGUUGAUUACAUUAUCCUUUAAUACUCUGAUGCCAUGCUGUUUUCUUGAUAACAUGAUCCUUUAAUAUGCUGAUGCCAUGCUGUUUUCUUGAUAACACUAUCCUUUAAUAUGCUGAUGCCAUGCUGUUUUCUUGAUAACACUAUCCUUUAAUAUGCUGAUGCCAUGCUGUUUUCUUGAUAACAUGAUCCUUUAAUAUUCUGAUGCCAUGCUGUUUUGUUGAUAACAUGAUCCUUUAAUAUUCUGAUGCCAUGCUGUUUUGUUCAUAACAUGGUCCUUUAAUAUUCUGAUGCCAUGCUGUUUUGUUGAUAACAUGAUCCUUUAAUACUCUGAUGCCAUGCUGUUUUGUUGAUAACAUGAUCCUUUAAUAUGCUGAUGCCAUGCUGUUUUGUUGAUAACAUGAUCCUUUAAUAUUCUGAUGCUAUGCUGUUUUGUUGAUACCAUGACCUUUAAUACUCUGAUGCCAUGCUGUUUUGUUGAUAACAUGAUCCUUUAAUGUUCUGAUCUAUUUUGAUGACAUGACCAUUUGCUAUUCUGAUGACAUGUUAUGAUUUUUUUAUUAGAUAUUUUGAUAUCCCGAUGGCAUUCUAUAUUUAUUGUUGAUGAAACAAUACUUUGAUAUUCUAAUAACAUGCUAUUUCAUUGUUUUGAUACUUUGAUGAUGUGUAUAAUAGUUUGAUGGCAUGAUAUGUUGAUAUGUGUUGAUGAUAUUAUUCUAAUGACAUGAUAUUUCAAUAUUUUUGUUUAUACAUAUGGUAUCAAAUGAUAGAAUUGGUUCAUAUAAUGACUUAUUGUUAAUAAUGUCAUAUAAAGUGUUAAUAUAAAAUAUUUAAACUGUUUCUUGGACUUUGUUAUUCAUCCUGCUGCAAUGGAAUUUUGUCAGAAGUGCUUAAUAUGUCAUGAACAUGAAACAGUCAGUCACUUUGAUGAGAAAUAUCCAUCAAUGUACAAUUCACAACGUACAACAACUAGUGGUUGUUCACCCCCUAGGUUAGUGGGAAGCUAGUGAUCAUAUCCUUCAAUUUUUACCACUAAACCAUUUAACCAAAGACUGACACGUUACUAUUAUGGUAUUGUAUGUGAUGUUACAACCCUACUGUCUGUCUAACUUCCCUGAUAAAUAGCAUUUUAACGGUUAUUUAAAAAGUUAUUUACUGAUUCUUACGUUGUUUAAAUCAACUUGUGAUGUUUUGAAGUAAUUUUGAUGUGGUUGCUAUGGUAAAUAUGUGGUUGCUAAGAUCAAAAUAGCCUUCUAUAAAGUAUCCAUACCUCUAUGAAUGCCAUGUACAAUACUGAGUAUACUAAAGGAAAAAACAAAUAGUGUAUUUAUUGUAAUUCGGUCCAGUAACAAGUAAUUUUUAUGGCAGAAAUCAUUGAAAUUAGCAAAAUUAGCAUGCCUUUGUUGUCAGGCUGGUUGCUAGGCAACAUAACACGGAAACGCAUUAAAUUUACUUUUUUUAUAAAGCCCAUAUAUCUAUGCACCUUUGUUGCAAAAACAAAGAAAAUCUAUGAUGGGGCCAAAAAUGGCCC